GUCAAAACAUUCAUCAAUUUAUAUGGCGCCCAAAUGGCAACUUAUAAUCUACAUGGUCUUGUACACCUCAGUGAUGAUGUAUAUGAAUUUGGUGCACUUGAUUCCUGUGCAGCAUUUCCAUUUGAAAACUUUUUACAGGUUCAAAAAGAAUAUCAGAAAAGGGGCCAAACCUCUUCAGCAAAUAAUUAAGAGGUUCGGGGAAAUGAGUAAUUCUAACUUUUGGACUAAAAACAUAUUACCUUGUGGUUCUAUUUAUCCAAUAUUUUUAAAACCUCACUCAUCAGGCUUGCUUUUGCCAGGGUGUGAUAAAUUACAGCAGUUCAGCUCAAUUAAAUUUCAAUCUUUUGUAAUAAAAACAGCACAUCCGGAUUCAUAUUGUGUUUUAAAACAUGGUAAUAUUGUAGCAGUAUGCAACAUAGUGUUUUCCAAUAAUGUACAGAGCAUGGUUAUACUCUGUAAAGAGUUUGCAACUAAAGAAAACUUCUUUGGUACACCAUUAAUAGAAAGUUCUAGUAUAGGAAUUAAUAUAGUAAAAGAAAAAAUGAGUCUAUGUGAAAAACCUGUGUCGGAUAUUGUGGGAAAAGUUGUUCUUCUCCCUUUUCAUGAUCACCAUGUCGCAAUCAAAAUGCUGCAUUCAUAGGUCUUAAUCCAUAAUGUCCUUUGUUCCUGUCCUAUCCUUUACUAGCCUUGUGGGUUUUGUCAAAGUGGAUGAUUACUUACUACAGAAUCUUUAUAAUGGCUCAUUUUGCCAUCGUUACAUUUGUGGACGAGGCUGAUGCACCAGGAAUAAUUGCAUCAAACUGGGUAAUAAAUGAAAAUUUAUGUUCGUACCCUAAUGUACGUACAGAAGAAUUAAAAGACAAAUUGUUAAAAAGGAAAGCUGAACCCGAGGAUAAAUGGCCGCAGUAUAAAAUAAAAAUUCUAAAAUACUACGAAAAUUAUAGCGAAGCCCGUCUCCAUUUGAAAAAAGCAGAGGAAACUUCCAAUUUGGAUUCUGAUGAGGAAGUAAGAAAAAGAAAAAGAAGACUAAAAAAAAUAUCCCUGCCAGAAGACUCUAACUCAGAAGAUGAAUACCCCAUUAUGAAGAUGUCAAAAACCCAGCAAAUAUUUAAAAAAAAAGAAAAUGAUUUAGUUAAAUAUCCAACUCCUCCUAAACCUAAAAUAAGUGCCAUGUUAGUAGCAGACACAAAUAAAAAUGCCAGUAAUUCCUCUAAAGAGAUGAAUUGUCAACACAACCCAGCUGUAGAAGGCCAUCUGUGUUCUAGUGGAGUUGAAGACCACGCAUAUGACAUUGUGCCUGAAGAAUUUAACAACUGUGCAGAAGUUAACAACCAUGGGGCAAUAAAUGGAAACUCUAUCAUUGUAUGUAGUCCCACUCAUACUCUAGCCUGCACAAAUAAUUUCUCGAACGGUAUCUCUGGCUGCUCCGUAAGCAAACAAUUUGGCAUGCAGCAGGCUCAUUUAAUCCAGGUCGUGACUGACUUGGCCAAACAAAUGUCUGAAUUGAAUAGAAAAGUUGACAUACUUUUAGGGACACAUACAGCAGAUAGCUUUAAUGCAUAUACACAAGAUAAUUUAGAAAUUUCUGAAUUAUUAGCUACUCUUCCAGUAAAGGAUGAUGCGAGUUUUUGUCAUUUCAAUGACCAGUUACAAAUAGUCCGGAACAAACAGGCAAUUGUAUCAUUUUUGGCUGGUAUUGGCGGUAGAAACAUUCGAAGUCUAACCACUAAUAUGUUGAAAAGAAUACUACAAGACGAAGUUGCCGAGCUAUAUUCCUUAACUGGAAAACAAAUGAAGAACUCCAAUAAAAAACCAUUUUUAAAGACAGAAACCUGUAAAAUAAUCUUACAAAUCUGCAAGAAAGUUUACGAAGAUGCGACAGAAGAAAACCUGAAAGAAAUAAUUAGCGAUUGGCUGAAUCAGGCUAAAGUUAGGACAACAAGAAGGGCAGAAAGACUAAACAGACAAGCAUAACCCUUAUAAAGGCAGAGGCGAUAUUUUAAACAUAGCUAAUAUGAGAAAAUGGAAGAAUCCUUCAGCAUUUUCAAUUGAGAAAACCAUUAUUAUAUAGUUGAUAUAUAUUGCUUUCGUACCUUAUACUUACUUUUUUCAUCAGUAUUUAAUUUUGGUGUUAAGAAAUCCACGGCAAUAAGUGGUCAAUUUAUGCACUACGCCUGUUAAGGAAGGUGAGUUAUCAUAUCACUGUUUUAAUAGAGAAUAUAUGUCAAAUCAAGUGUACUAAUAGGUAGAGUGCAUAUAUUUACCACGUGUUUUUUUUAAUUAUUUAGGUUUUUUUACUGUAGAUGUAUUCCCCAGUGUAUAACUGGGGUCUUAUUAAGGGAUAAAUAACGAGUCUGUGCAUUAAGUAACAAUACUGUAUGUUGGUACUCUUUAUAUAUUAUUAUUGCAUACUGACACCAGUCAGUUUAACCAAUAGUGCUUUAAUAGUACAUUACGAUACAAGUGCGAAAAAUAGGAAAUUCGAAACGAGUGGCGAUAAAUUAAAACACGACCGAAGGGAGUGUUUUAAAUCGACACGAGUUGCGAAUUACCUAUUCGCACAUGUAUCGUACAACGUUUUACAGUACAUAUGGCCCUUUAAAUGUUCGACACAGUAACGUAAUAUGCUACUUCUCGCACUAGUGCUAUAAAGUAGCCCCAUAUGUACUGUAAUAGUUAUUUACGAUACAAGUGCAAAAAAUAGGAAAUUCGCAACGAGUGGUGAUAAAUUAAAAUACGACCGAAGGGAGUGUUUGAAAUCGACACUAGAUGCGAAUUACUGAUUCGCACGUGUAUCGUACAACGACCCAUAUGUACUGUAUAUGGGUCUUUAAAGUUUCGACAUAUGCACAGAAAGUGCUCAUUCCCGCACGCGUGCGGGAAAGUAGCACCAUAUGUACUGUAAAAUAAUAUGUUGUGUUCCAUACCUAAUAAAUACUGUAAUAAAAUCUUACACAAUUACCCAUGAAUAA